UCCUGUCUAAGAUUCUCUUCUUUCCGCUCCUCUUCCAUUCCCCUCUUCCAAGCCAAGAACCAGACGUACGUACCCUUCACCGUCUGUUUCGUUCGCAUCCAACAUAUUGAGAGAUUUCGUCUGCCAACGCCCUUUCUAAAUCCGACAGGUUUUGCUGUUGCUGUGGUGGUUUUAAUUUUAUUUUUGGUUUCGUUUUAGGGCUCUGUUCUGAUCUUUUUUUAUUCUAAGUUGUUACCUGAUUAUAUAUCUAGUCUUUUCUCUUCUCUAGGGUUUCUCUUUCUUCUCUCUUAUCCUCUCUAUUCCUCCGCCAAAUAUAGUGAGUGAGAUAGAGAGAGAGAGGAAGAAGGGGAGAAAGCGUGUCCCUACGGAAAUCCAAUAAGACGCCUCACCACCUCUUUCUUCAAAUCCUUAUCCGAACUCUCCACCGCUCUUAGAUACUGCCAGCCCACUUUGUCUUCUAUCCUCCUCUCGCUUUCUCUAUUCCUCCGCCUUCAUCCUCCACAACCGUUUUCCUUUUUCCUUGUAAUUUAUUUUUUGGGAUAGUGAUAUUUUUUUCUCUCUCUGGGUACAAAACGGGCGGAUUGAACGGUGGAAACCCUCGAAUCGUUCCGAAGCUCUGCUGCCGUGCGAUUCCGAACCAGCCGAGGAUUGAUCUCGUUGGGUUCUUGCAGCUGUUUAUUUUCUUGGCUUAUCAAUUCCUGGUAGAUAGAUAGAUAGAUAUAGAGACAUAGAUGGCAUUGAUUCUGGAUGCGCUGAUUGAGAUCUUGAGGAAGCCCACCAUCGGCGACGUGGUCACCGAGCUCGCCUUGUUCGCCGCCCCGCUCUGGAUCGCGGUUCUUGUAGGGCUUUUUGUGGGGUGGGCGUGGAGGCCGAGAUGGGCGGCGGGUCUCGUAGGCGUGGGGGAGGCUAUUCUGGGUGGUCGCCGUGUGCCCCCUUCGGAGACAUCGAGAGUCAAUUCUUUAGAGGCUCAACCACCAGGUAGCAUCAGUUGCUCGGUCUUCGACGAGUGUUCCGGAAAGGUGGACAAGAUGGUCGCCGUGAGUUCUCCAGACGUGGAAAGUGAGAAAUUGGCGGUCACGGGGGAGGAUUUGGAGCACCUAUCCAAGCUUGUCGAGGAGACUGAUGGGGGGCCCGUGUGGCACAAAUUGAUGGACCGGACCUUGCCGACCAUGAGUUACCAAGCAUGGCGAAGAGAUCCCGAGACGGGUCCUCCGCAGUAUCGCAGUAGAACUGUCUUCGAGGAUGCAACACCAGAAAUUGUGAGGGACUUCUUCUGGGAUGAUGAGUUCCGGAUGAAGAAUGGGUGGGACAACAUGCUCCUUCACCAUGAGACACUAAAGGAAUGUCCAACCACAGGGACGAUGGUAGUUCAGUGGAUUCGAAAGUUUCCCUUUUUCUGCAGUGAUAGAGAGUAUAUCAUUGGCCGUCGGAUAUGGGAAUCGGGAAGAACAUAUUACUGUGUGACAAAGGGAGUGCCAUUCCCCUCUGUACCCAGACGCAAAAAACCCAGGCGUGUCGACUUGUACUACUCCAGCUGGUGCAUUCGUGCAGUUGAGUCAAGUCGAGGGGAUGGUCAGUUGACUGCCUGUGAGGUGCUACUGUUCCAUCACGAGGAUAUGGGCAUCCCAUGGGAGAUAGCGAAACUGGGUGUCCGCCAGGGGAUGUGGGGUUGUGUUAAAAGGAUCGAACCUGGCUUGCGAGCCUACCAGAUCGCCAGGAGGUCUCAGGAGCCACUAUCACGGUGCGCCUUCAUGGCACAAAUCAACACCAAGUUCGAUUCCGAUGAUCUAAGAACAUCGGAAGUUAGCACGUGUUCCACCUCAGAAGUGGUAGAAGCAGAGAAACAGAAAAAUUGGACAGAGAACAUACCCAAGUUCCUUGUAAUUGGUGGUGCUGUGGCCCUAGCAUGUAGUCUCGACCAUGGCCUGUUGACCAAGGCAGUCAUUUUUGGAGUUGCCAGGAGGUUUGCAAGACCGGGGAGGAGAUUGUGAAAAUGGAACAAAGAAAAAAUGGCGCAAGCAUUAGGGAUCCAUUCAGGCAUCUCUGCCAGCCAUGUGUUGGGUGUUAUAGGCUUCAUCUGCCUGCCUGCCUGCCUGCCUUAUACAAUGAGAUCACAAUAAAUAGUUUUGUUAAUUCUAUAAAAUUAGUUGCCGACAAAAGCGACGGGAUUGUAUUAUUUCUCAUUGGAAAAGAAAUCCCGAUGUAUACGCUUUUUUCUAUAAUCUAACCAUUCUCUACAAAC